GGUGUCAUAAAUAUCAGUCACAUUUGUCCAACAAUUCACUUCUUGGUGGUUCACAAUGAACAGAUCUAAAUAGAAACGUAAUCUUCUUCCUGGUCUGUGCGCCAGGGUGUCAUAAUGGCGGUAUGGGCCAGGGUUGUGUUUUCGGUGGCCAGUCUGAGUCUCGCAGCAGGUGUGAGACAAAAUGUCGCCCUGAAAAAACCAGCAUGGAUGAGUACAACACGCAACCCUUCACAGUCUGCUGGUAAUGCUGUAGACGGAGUGACUACUGCAGUCAACGAGACGUUCUCAGUCCACACCAAAGGUAAUGAAACUACGGCCUGGUGGAAGGUGGACCUACAGACACAAGUACAGUCAGCACAGGUUAAAAUCUACUUCAGGACAGACUACAUGCGUCGACGCAAUGGCCUUCAAAUCUACACCUCAAUGGCAAAUUCAUCUGACGCCAAAGACGGAGAUAUAUGUUACACAGUUGGAGGGAAUAAAUACGGCACAGACAUCCGUGAUGUAUUGACUAAGACCUGUCCUGGCACCUGGCGCUACCUCACUGUCUACACCGAGACAAGUAAUGAUGGUACUGGUGCUGUGUUAGACUUUGCUGAGGUACAAGUGUGGAUCGACCAAGCAUGUCCAGCUGGACGUUAUGAAGUCGACUGUAACAAGGACUGUAACGCUCGUCACUGUCUUCAGGAAUCCUACUGUGAUCCUGGUACUGGGGCAUGUUCAGGUUCCCAGUGCCAGACAGGAUGGAGCGGACCAGACUGUGCAGUGUGUACAUCUGGACGUUAUGGAGUCAACUGUAACAAGGACUGUUAUGCUCGUCACUGUCUUCGGCAAUCGAACUGUGAUCCUGGUACUGGGGCAUGUUCAGGUUCCCAGUGCCAGACAGGAUGGAGCGGAAUAGACUGUGCAGUGUGUACAUCUGGACGUUAUGGAGUCAACUGUAACAAGGACUGUUAUGCUCGUCACUGUCUUCGGCAAUCGAACUGUGAUCCUGGUACUGGGGCAUGUUCAGGUUCCCAGUGCCAGACAGGAUGGAGCGGAAUAGACUGUGCAGUGUGUACAUCUGGACGUUAUGGAGUCAACUGUAACAAGGACUGUUAUGCUCGUCACUGUCUUCGGCAAUCGAACUGUGAUCCUGGUACUGGGGCAUGUUCAGGUUCCCAGUGCCAAACAGGAUGGAGCGGAAUAGACUGUGCAGUGUGUACAUCUGGACGUUAUGGAGUCAACUGUAACAAGGACUGUUAUGCUCGUCACUGUCUUCGGCAAUCGAACUGUGAUCCUGGUACUGGGGCUUGUUCAGGUUCCCAGUGCCAGACAGGAUGGAGCGGAAUAGACUGUGCAGUGUGUACAUCUGGACGUUAUGGAGUCAACUGUAACAAGGACUGUUAUGCUCGUCACUGUCUUCGGCAAUCGAACUGUGAUCCUGGUACUGGGGCAUGUUCAGGUUCCCAGUGCCAGACAGGAUGGAGCGGAAUAGACUGUGCAGUGUGUACAUCUGGAGGUUAUGGAGUCAACUGUAACAAGGACUGUAAUGCUCGUCACUGUCUUCAGCAAUCCGACUGUGAUCCUGGUACUGGGUCAUGUUCAGGUUCCCAGUGCCAGACAGGAUGGAGCGGAACAGACUGUGCAGCUUGCAUCACUGGAAGAUAUGGAUCAAACUGUGACCAAAUCUGCGAUGCUCGUCACUGCAAGAUGAACUCCAUCUGUGACGCGAUACAAGGACAGUGUGACAGUGGAUGUGGGGAUGGAUAUCAGGGAUCAGACUGUAUUCAAGAGUGUCCCAACGGCACAUAUGGCAUCAACUGUGAAUCAACCUGCGGCCACUGUGCUGAUACCAACACAUGUCAUCACGUCACUGGAGCCUGUCCAGGUGUAUGUCAGGCAGGCUGGCAACCUGACCUGUGUCAGACAGAGUGUGACAACAGGACGUACGGUUUGAACUGUGAGAAGAACUGUGGCCACUGUAACGGCACAUGUAAUAUUGCUGAUGGUCGAUGUCUGGGGGGAUGUACUGAGGGAUUCAAUGGUUCCCACUGCUCAGUGAAGCUUUCUGCUCUAGAUGGAAAAGACACAUCCCAGUUGUUUCCAGUGUCAGCUGUCGCGGGAACAGUUGCAGGUCUACUUGUUGCGGCUAUCCUCAUUAUUAUUGUGGUCCUUGUCAUCAGGAAGAGGAGGCUUCACCAAGGCGACAUCAACAAACACGUUGCAGAGUUUCACCCUGCAGCACAAGAGAGCGGCGCUGCUGGUAACGUGGUUCUAGGUGAGAACAAAGCAGUCCACCAGAAGCCACCAAUAAAACCAAAACCUGCCAUACACGCAGCAUCAAGCAAACAGCUAAGUUCUAAAGACAAAGACCAGGAGGAAGAAGACGUUGAUGAGGAAGUUCGAUCACCUGACAGCUGUUACUACAACGCAGACGCCGAAGACGCCAUCAGAGACGUCGUUGUGCCUGAAUUAGCUGCAACAGUGGCAAUGCUUAAACAGAGGAAAGAUGGAUUCGAAAGAGAAUAUAACCGACUGCCGACUGGAUUCACAGCGUCAUAUCAAGACUCUCAGAAACCCGAGAACAGUGGCAAAAACAAGUUCAGAGGCUAUUACCCCUACGACCAUAACCGAGUCCGCCUGACUCUCCUACCUGAUACCCCUGGCUCUGACUACAUCAACGCCAGUCUCAUGCACAGUUACAACCAGAGGAAGACUUACAUAGCAGCUCAAGCCCCCAACAAGAAGACAGUGGGCGACUUCUGGAGGAUGAUCUGGGAACAUUCCUGCAGCGCUGUGGUCAUGUUGACUGGUCUGGUGGAGGAAACUAAGGUGAAAUGUGAGCAGUAUUGGCCGGCAGAUGGUGUAAUGGACGUUGGCCUCUUCACAGUAGAGGUGGAGGUAACACAAAUCCGUGCGAACUUCACAAUGAGACACAUGAAAGUCACUUCAAAGGCAACAGGAGAGAGUCGGACAGUUGUCCAGUUCCACUUUACAUCCUGGCCUGACCACGGUGUCCCCGACACCCUCGCUCUCGCCAGCUACAUCUGGCUUGUCAGACAGACAAUUGAAGGAACAAACGGACCACUGCUUGUCCACUGCAGCGCGGGUAUUGGACGUACAGGCACAUACAUCGCCGUUGACUCCCUGAUAGACCAGGCCCGAGGGGAGGGGGUGGUGGAUAUCCUGGGGUACGUGUCCGUGAUGAGGGGACAGAGAAAGAACAUGAUACAGACAGCGGCCCAGUAUGAAUGUGUCUUCCACUGUCUGGUAGAGAUGACGACAUACGGCAGCACCAGCAUGGACGUCUCCAACUACACCACCAGUUACGGCAGCAUCGGCAUGGACGCCACGGUUGAUGGCCGGACUCUCAGACAGUUGUCACAGAUGCUGGUGUCAGAGACCCGAGAUGAUGCCCCUAACCGACACAGAAUGUGGGUGGAUGGUAACCCAGACUUCAUUGUCCGUGUGGGGCCGACCUUGACGUGCCUGAGGGGGUACCUGCAAGCCGUUACCCCAGACCCGAGAUUAGUGAAGUUGUUGUGGAAACUGGUUGAAGAGAACAACGUCCACAACAUCAUCGUCGUCACGCCAAAUCCGGGCUUAGUGGAAGCAGAGGGCAAGUCCAAGACGCACGGCGGGAUUACUGUGACGACAACGAGUCAAACCAACUUAUCAGCGGACCUCUCCAUGAUCAACUUGCAGCUUGCUACAAAAGCAGGCAGACCCCGGCAAGUGAAGAUGGUAAACGCUGACGCCCACUUAACAAUGGAAGCCAUGACAUCACAUUUGUUAAACCACGCCGACCUUCAAAACACAUCAACUCAGACCCACCCUGUUGUUGUUGUUCACAGCAACAAUGACCGAAAACUUGCUGUCUCGCUCUGCAUCAUGGGUAAUAUUCUGUCCGGUAUUCGUGAGGAUGCCCGUGUUGACGUCGUCGAUCACGUGAGGACGUUCCUCCGAUGUUGCCCAGAUCUUCAGUUCACCCAGAGCGAUGUGCAGAUGUUCCACGACUUUGCGCAGCAGUGUAUUCUGAGGACAGACCCAGCUAAUACCUAUGCCAACAUCUGAACUUACCACCAAACAAUCCCAAAGGACCACAUUACAUCAACUGUGCCAAUAUCUGAACUUAUUACCACACCUUAUGAACUUCAUCUUGCCAACACCUAUGUCAUUGUCUCUGUAUGUGUUUCCUUAGCUUUACACUCAACACCUGUAUCCUAAUAUGUGAUUCGUGUAUCAUAUACGAAUAUGUAGUCUUCAAUUCAACUUGUGGUAAUCGUAAGGUGAAACUACCGUUACAGGUGGGAAACGAAGGAAGGGAUAUCCAGUGCUGUCGCGGUUAUAUAGGCUUCGUGCUAUGCCCGCCCUACAAAAUAUAUAUGUUGUUUUCACAUAUGUUUCGACAAGCAUCAUAUUCAUAUACUGAUAAUAUACACUUGCAAUGGGUUACGUGAAAGUAUCAACUUCUUAAUUACACAGAAGCGUAUGCACCGUCUACUUAUGCAGCACCUGAGGCAAAUAUGAAUGUCACAUAAUUAUUGCUUCUGAAUAGUUUACUUACCAUUGUAGUAUACCCAGAGUGCACCCUUACAAUGUUAAUAUUGACUAGAUAAUAUCUUGCUGACGUUUGAUAUACCACUGCAAGAUGGUCAACCCCCAAUCUUGUGAAACCGGAACGUAUUUGCUCGUCGUCUUGGUCUAUGCAAAUACUCGGUGGACCAUGUGCUUUUCACGUUGUGUUCUUGAAUGCCUCAGUUAUGUCUGAAUACUAAUGUACUUCCCCAAACGGUGCUAAGAGAUGUUAAGUUAGGACCCUGUGGGUCAAACAACACGCUAGUACAAACGCUACAUCAAAGCAUUCCUAUGCAUGUAUAUUUCAAUCGAAGGCUGGCAUACUUAAGGAGGUACCGUGUAAAAAACGGAAAUGUUAAUGCUCUUAGUCGUGAUACAUACUGAAGGAAGUAGUUAUGUUUUUGUACGAAUUUCAAAAUGUCCACUGUAUUUCUACGAUCUAGCACUUUCUUUAGUUACACAUAUCAACCACAUGUUACAUAUUCGUGCUCUAGUAAUGAAAUGUGUGAAGCGCUGUGAUAUUGCUGGAAUAUUGCUAACAGCGGCGUCAAACUUUACUCACAUACUCUAGUAAUAAACUGUAUGCUAUAAAAAUGAAUUGAUAUGAUAAUCAGAAAGCGAAUCGAAUGGUAAACAGAAAAAAACCAUAUAUAAGGCAAGAUAAAGUUCAUCAAUAUAUCAAACAGAUAUGCAUGACCUAUCCACUAAACAGCGAGUGAGUAAGUGAGUUUGAUUUUACACUGCUUUUAGCAAUAUUCCAGCAAUAUCACGGCGGGG